AUGGGUUUUGUUGGCCCUGCUUUUACUUGGUCAAAUGGAGCUGUAGAAAAUGAACCUAUAUUUGAAAUAUUGGACAGGGCAAUGUGCACACAAGAUUGGUUCUUCAUGUUUCAAGAAAAAAUUGUUCUAAAUUUGCCUAGAAUUAGCAGUGAUCAUGCUCCUAUUCUAGUAAACACUCAUAGAACUGGUAAGAGGAAAAGACAGCAUGCCAACAAAUUUGAAUUUUACUGGAUAAAUCACCCUGCUUUCCAAGAUGUAGUUCAUGAUGCUUGGCUGUCAAACCCCAAUGAGACUACCAGGAAGAUCGGGGAGGUGGGAGAAGAGUUAAAUAAAUGGAGCAGGAAGAAUUUUGGGAACAUAUUUAGAGAUGAUGAAGAACUAAAAGAAAAACUUUUGAAGAGAAGAUACUAUGAGCAUAGAAGCAAGGUAAAAUGGGUCCCUAACAUAGAUAAGAAUACCAAAGCUUUUCACAUGUCAGUGCUGCAAAGGAAGAAGAAGAACCAGAUAGAUGCUGUUAAGCUACCAAAUGGUUUGUGGGUUACAGAUGCAAAGGGCAUUGUGCAGUAUCUAGUUGAACACUUUACAGAUAUUUUCAAGAGAGACCCAGAUGAAAUGAAGCAUCCAAUUCAGUUUCAAACAAACUCCAGAAUUGAUAACUCCAGCAAUGCUAAUAUCCCAAUGGUUCCAAUGAAGGAAUAG